CUAAUUUAAAAACGAAACAGAAAAGAAUAUUUUAAAGACUGAAAACUAGUAAAUAUGUUUUAUAAAGCCCAUUUCUGCGCCCGAAUUUCCAUAAUCCGCUGCUAUUCAAUCAAUAACAGAGCAUUUGUUAACAAACACCCAAAUUUGUCGCAAAUGAUGAAAUACGUGCCUAAAGAAUACCAAAAGGUUUCGUCUAAAGUAGCCCAGGAGUAUUUGUAUUUGAUAUGCCCGCAAACGGCGAAGAUAAUAGCCGAGCACGUUGUGAAUUCCGUAAACGAUAAUCAAAUUGUCGCCGAAACCAACGUAGGUCUGGGUCUCAUAACAUCGGAACUCCUUGAUAGAGGUGUUCCGAUUGUUCGAAUGUACGAAUCCUCUCCUGAAUUUCGUUUGGAUUUGAAAAAUUACGACAGCAAGUAUCAAGGAAGAGUGGAAUUGUUUACGAAAAACUUCUUUCAUCUACCCAGAUACUCUACGAUGGAUACAUUGGAUGGUCAUAAUAGAGUGGAUUCCCUUUUGAAAAAUAUACCUAGAAGGUCUUGGACUGAUGAUCCCGUAAUGACGGUUGUGGGUACAAUGCCCAACACCAGUUUCAUAAGGUACUUGAUAAAAUCACUUGCCUUACAGAGAGGCCUCGCUUUGUAUGGGAGAAUACAGAUGUUUGCUAUAUUAAAAAAACAUCAUUAUAACGUUUUAACAACGACUCCAGAACAAGAUCUGAGAUUAUACCAGUACACGUCAAUACUGUUUCAAUUGUUGUUCGACUAUGAAGAAUUGGAAACCUUUCCCCGAGCGAUAUUUUUACCUUGGGAAUCUGUUAAUAAAAAAAAAUCUAGUGAAGAAAUGGUCCUGGUAAAGAUAAACUUCAAAAAACAGUUUGAAAUUCCAAUCGACAAGAUAUUGCACUUGUAUUAUUUCAUAAACCAGUUUUCCAAUAGAGGGAAUAAAAAUUUCAUCGUUUCUACAAUCGAAAAAUGGGUACCCGGAUGCGGAGCGAAUAUUUUAGUGCCUACAAUGAAGCAUGAUGAUUAUUUUUCGGAUAUUACACUUUUCACUAAAUUUAGGGAACUAACUCCUCCACAGAUGCUAGCAAUUUUCAAAGAGAUGAUUAAUGCGCCUUCGUAUAGUGGCAGUCCUUUCAAGGAUCUAAUAGAAAACGAGCUAAUGAAGAGCGAAACAAUGGAGACUGAUCUGGCAGAUGCCAUUUCUGAAAGGAAACCCAAGAAAGUCAUGGAAAAGGCGAAUUUGGAUUAUCAAGAUGGAUUCGAGUAGAAAGCUCGUUGAAAAAUCUGUGAUAAUAAAAUUCUGAAUCACCUUACGAAAGUAAGUCUGAUAUGAAGCAAACAAGAGAAUGGAAGCGAGAAGGAAACGUUCUGAUGAAUCGAAGGAAACUCGAAUAAAC